UCUGCACCUCGACACUAAAGCAAGAGCGUUUCGCGGGGUUGUUGCUGGGUGGGUGCUGAAUAUAGCGCAAGUAGAGUAGAGUAGAGUAGAGUAGAGUAGAGUGGGGUUUGUUGAGAAAAACACCGGUCACUCCGUUUCAGACAUACCAACAAUUGUCAGUCUGCCACCUAUUUGGUGUUCAACUUACUGUCGGUUCUGUGCCGUGUUUUAGUUAAAACCCGGAGUGGGAACACACCACCAUGCCUCCAACGGGAUGCGGUUCGGGGCGGGAUGAGAUGAAAACCCAGAUCCAGGCAUUGAUCGAGUCGAACCAGGUCUUGAUCUUCAGCAAAAGCUACUGCCCAUUUUGUGUUAAAGUAAAAGACCUUUUCAAAGAGUUAAAUGUGGCUGUUCAUGCUGUGGAGCUUGAUUUAAUAGAUGAGGGAUCAAACUUUCAGGAUAUACUGUUGGAAAUAACUGGCCAAAAAACAGUCCCAAAUGUGUUUGUGAAUAAAACACACGUAGGGGGAUGUGACAAGACUUUACAGGCUCACAAGGAUGGAAUGCUGCAGAAACUCUUGGAUGGAUCCAAUGAAACCUACGAGUAUGACCUCAUUGUCAUUGGAGGAGGCUCUGGAGGUCUUGCUUGUUCCAAGGAAGCAGCAACAUUGGGAAAGAAAGUCUUAGUGCUUGAUUAUGUUGUUCCCACACCGAAAGGAACGACUUGGGGAUUGGGUGGUACAUGUGUCAACGUCGGCUGUAUUCCUAAGAAGCUGAUGCAUCAGGCUGCACUUCUGGGAACAGCACUUAAAGACUCUCGUAAUUUUGGCUGGGAAUAUGAAGAAAAAGUGAAGCACAAUUGGCAGACGAUGGUAGAAUCUAUCUCGAAUUACAUUGGCUCCUUGAACUGGGGUUACCGAGUAGAAUUAAGAGAUAAGAAUGUAACAUAUAUGAACUCUUAUGCUGAGUUUGUGGAACCACAUAAGAUAAAGGCAACAAACAAACGAGGCAAAGAGAGUUUCCACACGGCGGCUGCGUUUGUACUGGCAACAGGAGAACGACCCAGAUAUUUGGGCAUUCCAGGAGAUAAAGAGUACUGUAUUACCAGUGAUGACCUGUUCUCUCUACCCUACUGUCCUGGAAAGACGCUGGUGAUUGGCGCAUCCUACGUCGCCCUAGAAUGCGCUGGUUUUCUUGCUGGAAUUGGUUUGGAUGUCACUGUAAUGGUGCGUUCCAUCCUUCUCAGAGGAUUUGACCAAGAGAUGGCAGAAAGAGCUGGAACUUACAUGGAAGAUCAUGGUGUCAAGUUUAUCAGGCCAUUUGUACCUAUGAAGAUUGAACAGUUGGAGGAAGGAACCCCUGGAAAGCUGAAAGUGACUGCCAAGUCAACAGAAAGUGGUGAAAUGAUUGAGGGGGAAUAUAACACUGUCUUGAUAGCUGUUGGUCGUGAUGCUUGUACUGGAAAAAUAGGUCUAGACAAAGUUGGUGUUGAAAUCAAUGAAAAGAAUGGUAAAGUUCCGGUAAAUGAUGAGGAACAAACCAAUGUGCCGUACAUUUACGCAAUUGGGGAUAUCCUUGAAGGAAAGUGGGAGCUUACCCCUGUUGCCAUUCAGGCAGGAAAGCUUCUGGCAAGAAGGCUAUUUGGCGGCAGCUCUUUGAAGUGUGAUUACAUCAAUGUUCCAACCACCGUCUUUACCCCUUUGGAAUAUGGGUGCUGUGGAUUAUCAGAAGAAAAAGCCAUUGAAUUGUAUGGAGAAGAAAAUAUUGAGGUGUACCACAGCUUGUUUUGGCCCCUGGAAUGUACAGUCCCCAGCAGAGACAAUAACAAAUGUUAUUCCAAGAUUGUCUGCAACAAAUUGGACAAUGAGCGUGUUGUAGGAUUCCAUUACCUUGGACCCAAUGCUGGUGAGGUCACACAAGGCUUUGGUGUAGCAAUAAAAUGCAGACUUACCAAAGAAUUGCUUGAAAACACAAUUGGCAUUCAUCCGACCUGUGCAGAGAUAUUUACCACGUUGGGUAUUACCAAACGGUCAGGUGCUGACAUCACUCAAAAAGGUUGCUGAGGUUAAACCCUGCUGUGUCUAACAUCUGCCCACUAUCUGCAAAUUCUCCACUGGCAUGUGGUUGACUUUAAACUGCACUUGAAUUCUCAGGUAAUUUCAAGAAGCAACAAACAAAGUGACAACUUCAGAUUGUGCAGGAUCACCGAGUCAGUUACAGAGGAGAAGUGUUUCAGCAGGGCAGAGGGUUAAACAGCGGGGUUAACUUAGUAAACAUUGACCCAUGGUAUGCUUAGAAAUGCACAGAGUGCCUUUUUGACGUCUUGGCCUGGAACUCAAUGUGGUGGGGUAAGACUGAUGACUUCUGAGCAGCAUUUGGGAUUCUUCACGUCCAAUCAGAUGUCUGAGCUUUCUUCUGGGGGGACCUUCAAUCGCACAUAAGAUUUGCCUUUCUUUUUUUUUUUAUAAAAAAAAUAAAAAAUAAAAAUCUAGUCUUUGGCAGAAAUGAGACGUGUUUAAUUUAUUUUGGAGUUUAACAGUUCCAGUUCAUUCUCACUACCUUAUUGAUUCCUACUGAUAAGAAGCAGAAAGUGGCUUUUACAUGUGUUACUGUCAAACAUUCUGCUGAAGAUACAAUGCAGUUUUAAUAGCAUUUAAGGCUGCCACACGUGACGUGAUGCGAUUAUUUUUUUAAUUGUGUGAGAAGAUACUUUCGCAGUGACAUGACCAUACACACCAGAAGUGACACAGAGGUGAU